GAGUCAACGCCAUUCCAUUUACGAUACGAACAGUUUGGUGCAACCGACCCUUAAUCUAUUUUCCAUAUUUAAUAUUAUCGAGUUUGACGGAUUCAUUCAAUUGUCUUCUUGCAUUUCUGUAGAUUUCACUUAAAGUAUAUUCUGUAGCUUUUGUGAAAUAUAUUUGCGGUUUUAAAUAACAUAAUGGCAUGUCCGUAUCGUAUUGAUAACGACGUAAAAAAGAAAAUAAUAGAUAUGAAAAAUUAUGGCUUUCCCGUUACUGAUAUUGUCAACGAACUCGGAAUAGCAAGAAAUACCGUCUACUUAUGGUUAGAAAGGUGGGAGCAGGAAGGCGGAUUAAACAACCACGUGUCAUUUAGGCGUCCAAGGUCGACAACGAGGCUCCAAGACGUAAAUAUAAUAGAAAAGGCCCGGAACGAACGCUUUAUCAAUACCACCCAGUUUUCCGGUGUAUUCAAUGUCUCAAGUAGCACAAUAAGACGUCUCAAAGAAGGGGGUUUGCAAAACCGAGUGCCUACGCGGAAGCCAGCUCUUACCCAAAGGCAUAUCGAUGAAAGGCUGCAUUUUGCAGUCACCAAUAGGAAUAAAAACUUUGACGACGAUAUUUUUAUGGACAAUAAGAUAUUUUCUUCGUCUGACAAUGGAAGGUUAGCACUAUGGAAGCCUGAUAAUACUCGAUACCAUGCACGACAUUUAGUACCUGAUAGACGCAGUGGACGGAUAACUAAUUGGCUUCUGGGUUUGGAUGUCAAAGGAAGGACCCGGAGAGCUGGUCGAAAUAACUGGGCGGAUGAAUGCCAUGGAUUAUGUAGAAAUACUCGAAGAUUCAUUCCUGCCCAGUGUAAACAUAUGUUAUCCGAACCGACGUGUCACAUUUAUGCAAGAUAAUAGCUCUGUUCACAACUCACGGCUAGUGCAAGCAUGGCUUCAUGAACACAGAGAUACUGUUACACGAAUUAAAA